AUCUUAAAUAUUUUAAGGUCAAUUGUGGUUCCCCACUUCAGUGAAACAAACAUAACAACUCCCGCGUUUGUGAUUUUUUUUUUUUCAGACAAUCAUUCACCAAACCCAAUUUGACCUGACCUGAUUUGAUCAAAGAAGAAGAAGAGAUAUAAAUCAGAAUGAAAAUAAGGAGUAGAGGAAGUUGGAGGGGAUUAUUUAGAACAAAGCUAAGAUUACCUAUUGUUUUGUUAUCAUGCUCUGUUUUCUUUAUAGCUGGUUUUUUUGGAUCCACUCUACUUUCUCAGUUCCAGGAUAUUGAUGGAGAUGUAAGUAGAUCGAGGAUACUUGAAUCUGUAGUAGAAGAAAAAGAGGAUAAAGUGUUUGAAGAAGAAAAAGUGGAUAAAGUGUUUGAAGCAAUUCCUAAUGGAGAUACUGGGGAUUCUUUUGUUUCUUCUAUUCCUUUCCAGGUUUUGAGCUGGAAACCUCGUGCUGCGUAUUUUCCUGGUUUUGCAAGUGCGGAACAAUGUGACCACAUAAUUAAAAAGGCCAAGGCAAAUCUUAGACCAUCAAGUUUGGCGUUGCGGAAAGGAGAAACUGCUGAGAACACCAAGGGAAUAAGAACAAGUUCAGGCACAUUUAUCAGUGCAUCAGAAGACCCGUCUGGAACCUUAGGCCACAUUGAGGAAAAGAUCGCCAAGGCUACAAUGAUUCCGAGAAGCCAUGGAGAGGCAUUUAAUGUUCUGCGUUAUGAGAUUGGGCAGAGAUAUCUAUCUCAUCAUGAUGCAUUCAACCCGACUGAGUAUGGACCACAAAAGAGCCAAAGGGUAGCUUCUUUUUUAUUAUAUCUUUCUGAUGUGGAAGAAGGUGGUGAAACGAUGUUUCCUUUUGAGAACGGUCAGAAUAUGAAUAUCGGCUAUGAUUACGAGGAGUGUAUUGGCUUAAAAGUGAAGCCUCGUCGAGGGGAUGGUCUACUCUUUUACUCGUUAUAUCCGAAUGGUAAAAUUGAUCAGAUGUCACUGCAUGGGAGUUGUCCGGUGAUCGUUGGACAGAAAUGGGUGGCUACAAAAUGGAUCAGAGAUCAAGAAACAAAUGAUUGAUUUUUAUGUGCACCUAAUAAAAAAGGGGAAAUUACAGAAUGAAUUUUGUUUUUUCUUCAUAAUCCAUUUCCAGAUUGCAUCUGUACCGAU